AUGUCAGACUGGAUAUCGACAUUUCCUGGAUAUAAUCAAGUUUUAACAACUGGUAAGAAAUUAUUUGGUAAAAUAAUACUGACCGGACCGGUUCCACAACAUGUUGGUAUAAUAAUGGAUGGAAACAGACGAUAUGCUAAAUCGCAUAAAAUAGAGAUCAAAGAAGGACAUAGUAUGGGUUUUGACACUAUGGCUAAUAUUUUGGAAUUAUUAUAUGAAGCAGGUGUUAAAUCUGCAACCGUUUAUGCUUUUUCAAUAGAAAAUUUUAAUAGAUCAAGUUAUGAAGUUAAAUGGCUUAUGGAUUUAGCUAAAUCAAAGUUUACUCAAAUCAAUCAAAAUGGAUUAUUAUGUGAAGAUUAUGGUGUUAAAAUAAAGAUAUUGGGGAAUUUAAAAUUAUUACCACCAGAUUUAUUAAAGAUUUUGAGAGAAACUGAAGAAAUUACUAAAAAUAAUACAAGAGCUGUGUUAAAUGUUUGUUUCCCAUAUACUUCAAGAGACGAAAUUACAAACUCCAUAAAGAAAAUAGUUAUAGAAAGUACGAAAAGUAACAUCAAAAUUAAUGAAAAAUCAAUAGAAGAUAAUUUAUAUACUGGUGAUUCACCACCACUAGAUCUUUUAGUGAGAACUUCAGGAACUUAUAGGUUAUCAGAUUUUUUAUUGUGGCAAGCUGUAUCACCAGAUUGUGCUGUUGUAUUUACAGAUAAAUUAUGGCCAGAAUUUAAACCUUGGGAUAUGCUUAAAAUAUUAAUGAAUUGGUCAUUUAAUAAGUAUUAUUACGGAAACCCUAAUGGGCAACUACAAUUGAAAAACAUUGAUCAAGCAUCAUUGCUAGAAAACUCACUGACUUUAGAGGUUAGUGAUUCAGAUGAUGAUACAUUAAAAUCAGAAGAUGAUUUAGACAUAGUUCAUAAAAAGUAA